UUUGAUUUUAUUCAAAAAUAAAUUAAUAAAUAAAAGAAAAAUAAAAUAAAAUGUAAUGAUAUUAUAUACGAUUUAGUACCUUUGUAUACACUUUAAUCAAAUUUUUAUUGUAACAUGCCCUCUCGUACUGUCUUUAUUUCCAUUAAAACAUCAUUAUUAAUUAACUAUUUUGCCUUACUGUAAAGGUGCCUGUAAAUAUACUAAAAUCGAGCUGAUAAUGUAUGUGGUCCAAACCCAACAAGAUGGUGUUUAUCAAUGAUCACGUACGAUCAUUAAUAUUAUGCAGCUUUAUUUUUGUUUUCUCUCUCUCACAAUCACAUUCAAAUAUUUGAAUUGUGUUGUUGAAAAAUUUUAUAAUAGAGAAUAGAGAUAUAUCAUGAAUAUUCAAUAGAUUGUUUUGUAUUUUGUUAAUAAUUUUAUCUAUAAAUACAAGACACCAAUAGUGCUUAAUCGAUACCACCACGAAGUGAAGAUUUACUAAUAGAUAGCAAAUUUAAUCACUAUUAAUUAUUAAAUUAAAAUAUCUAAGUCAGCAUAAUUAAUUUAUAACACCAAUAUUAUUGUAAAAUUAUAUUUUUGAACCGGCUAAUGAACUACUAUACUGGAGCGGGUCAUGAAAAAGUACAAAUCUUUUUGUGUUCUUUUUAUUGAUUUAUCUGUAAUGCUUUUAUGGGUUAUAAUUUUUUUUUUUUUUUUAUUGAACAAUGUUUUAUGGGCUAUACGUUAAUUACUGGUGUUAUAUCCUACUGGUACGAUUAUUGUAUAUAAAUAAGAUCCCAUGGACUAUAACAUGAAUAAACAAAAGGGAAGGUCAUAUUCAUUUCUACCAUGUCAAAAGAAAACAAUGAUCAAUUAUCUACCGAUCAUCUCAUCCCGGAGUAUCUCCAAGAAAAUGAGAUCGUUGAAGAAUUCAAAGACUUGGUUGUUUCUUUACCAAGAGAAAAAGGUUGGGUAGCUUCUUAUCUCCACCAAUACCAAGGGUUUUGGCACACAACCAGGCAGAUUCAAGGAGUUCUCUCCUGCCAAAAAUAUUUCAAGUCAUCAUCACUUAAUGACAAAGAUAUCAUCCUUGUGAGCACACCAAAAUCAGGCACCACAUGGCUCAAGGCCAUUAUUUUCUCUCUUGUUAACCGCUCAACUUUCCCGGACACCAAACAAAACCACCCUUUACUAACAACAAACCCUCAUGUUCUUGUACCCUUCUUAGAACUCAAUCUAUUCCUCCCAAGUAAGAGUAAGCUUGUAAUCCCUGACCUAAUUUCUUCUUCUAUUCCUUCCAAUAAUAACGAUAGUAAUCCUAGUCUAUUUUCUACUCAUCUUCCUUAUGUGUCUCUCCCCGAUUCCAUCAAAACCUCCCCAUGCAAACUUGUUUAUCUCUGUAGGAAUCCCAAGGACGUUUUCAUCUCUCUCUGGCAUUUUACCAACCGGUUGAGGCCACAGAACUUGGCCAAGAACACAAUGGAAGAGUCGUUCGAGAAGUUCUGUAACGGAGUUAGCUUGUACGGACCCUUUUGGGACCACUCUUUGGGUUACUGGGAAGUAAGCUUGGAGUGUCCCGAGAAGGUACUUUUUCUGAACUAUGAUAAGAUAAAGAAAGAACCAUUUUUGCAUGUGAAAAAAUUGGCUGAGUUCUUAGGGUUUCCCUUCUCUCUUGAAGAAGAGGCCAAUGGUGACGUGGCACGAAUCUUGGAGCUUUGUAGUUUUGAUAAUUUGAGUAAUUUGGUGGUCAAUAAGAGUGGAAGAUUAUCGUCCGGCGAGGAGAAUAAGACAUUUUUCCGACGAGGCGAGGUUGGUGAUUGGAUUAAUUAUAUGACACCAGAGAUGGCUGAAAGACUGGACUCGCUAGUUGAGAAGAAGUUGCAUGGUUCUGGAUUGGAAUUCUAAAAAAUAAUAAUUUAUCUAUAUGCAUGCAUGCAUGCUUAUAAAGUUCUUAGCUUUUAAUUGUUUGUCAACUACAAGAACUCAGCUACUUUUAAUUGAUUGGGGAUAUUCUCAUGGGAAAUAUCCAGUUGAUUUUUAUUUUAUUUUUUCAAGGAGGUAAUAUUCUCCGUUCUCUGCCGUCUUUAAAGUGAAAAAUAACAAUAAGGUAUUUGGAUUUGAGUU